AUGACGAACCCGGGGACUCCUGUAUCCGUCCCAGUUUUCCUGCAAAGGCCAGGCCCCAACGAGGACAGCAAUGGGCUGGUUCCAGGACCUUCGGCCCGUCUUUGCCACCUCAGCGUGAACAGGGCUGUGUGGGAUGGAGGGGGGUGCGUCUCCCCAGAGAACCUCGGGGACCCUCAGUGCUGGCAGCUAUCCCGGAAUAAGACAGGUGAGGGCAGUACCCAUUUCACGCCUUCUACUGAAGCUGGUUCAUCUCCCACACCUCCUGAGAGCACCACCGUGGCUCUGUCAUCUCCAACUGAGAGGACCACUCCCAUAACACCUAUUUCCGUGGGGAGCACACCUGGAUCAAGUCCUCCUGGGACUAGUCCAACAUCCACUCCUGCAGGUGAGGGCAGUACCCAUUUCACGUCUUCUACUGAAGCUGGUUCAUCUCCCACACCUCCUGAGAGCACCACCAUGGCUCUGUCAUCUCCAACUGAGAGGACCACUCCAAUAACACCGAUUUCUGUGGGGAGCACACCUGGAACAAGUCCUCCUGGGAGUAGUUUAACAUCCAAUCCUACAGAUGAUGGCAGUACCCAUUUCACGUCUUCUCCUGAAGCUGGUUCAUCUCCCACACCUCCUGAGAGCACCACCAUGGCUCUGUCAUCUCCAACUGAGAGGACCACUCCAAUAACACCUAUUUUCGUGGGGAGCACCCCUGGAACAAGUCCUCCUGGGAGUAACCCAACAUCCACUUCUGCAGGUGAUGGCAGUACCCAUUUCACAUCUUCUUCUGAAGCUGGUUCAUCUCCCACACCUCCUGAAAGCACCACCAUGGCUAUGUCAUCUCCAACUGAGAGGACCACUCCAAUAACACCUAUUUCUUUAGGGAGCACACCUGGAAGAAGUCCUCCUAGGAGUAGCCCAACAUCCACUCCUGCAGAUGAUGGCAGUACCCAUUUCACGCCUUCUACUGAAGCUGGUUCAUCUCCUACACCUCCUGAGAGCACCACCGUGACUCUGUCAUCACCAACUGAGAGAACUACUCCUAUAACACCUAUUUCCGUGGGGAGCACCCCUGGACCAAGUCCUCCUGGGAGUAGUCCAACAUCCACUCCUACAGGCAGCCCAACAUCCACUCCUAGAGGUGAUGGUAGUACCACUUUCACGUCUUCUACUGAAGCUGGUUCAUCUCCCACACCUCCUGAAAGCACCACCGUAACUCUGUCCUCUCCAACUGUGAUGACUACUGCAAUAACAACUAUUUCUCUCGCCUCCUGCAACGCCUGCCUCCUCCACGCCUGGGACCCCAGCGGUUGUCACCGUCACAGCUGCCAGGACAACACCGAGCACACCCAUCCCUUUCUCCUCUGUGCUCCCCGUCGUCACUGUCCCCCCCUCUAUUCCCACGACGAAACCCACCCCCACCUCAACUUCCACGACAAAGCCCACCACAACCUCAACUCCUACUGUGCCCACCACCACGCCAGGGUGGUCUUUCCCUUUGGCCUGUUGGGCCUGACCUGCCUAAAUGGGGGGACAUGGAAAGGAGAUGCCUGUGUUUGCCCCACUGGCUAUGGAGGAGAUCGGUGCCAGUUCGUGACCAACAUCUGUCACAAUGGAGGCUCCUGGGAUGGGCUCAAAUGUCAGUGCCUCAGCCCCUACUAUGGGGAGAAGUGCGAAGACGUGUACAACAACAUCGAGAUGGAGCCACCAGAGACAGUCUCCGCCCAAAUGGAAAUGACCGUGACAGUGACCAGUGAAAAAUUCACGGAAAAACUACAAGACAAAUCUUCUGAAGAAUUCCAGAAGUUCAAUAAGACAUUCACGGACCAGAUGAACAUUGUGUAUUCCAGUAUCCCCGAGUAUGCCGGAGUGAACAUCACAAAGCUGAG